AUGUCAAGAAUACUACAAUCACAAGUAGGUGAUAAACUAAAGGUACAUAUACUAGGGGCUGGUUCAAUAGGUUCGCUUAUAGCACAUGAUUUGAAACAACAAUAUAAAGAUCAAAUUUCACCCAUACUAUUACUACGUCCUAAUAAAGUUAUACAAUCAUCAAAUUCAUCACUAUCAAAGAAUACAACAAAUAUAAAAUUAAAUAGAUUAUAUGAUCCAGAAAAUGAAUUAUCAUCAAUAGAUUUAGAAUUUGUUAAACCAAAAAAUUUCGAAAAACACAACAGUUCAGAAGAAAUUGAAAAUUUAAUAAUUACAACAAAAUCAUAUCAAACUGAAUCAGCUAUAAAACCAUUCUUAAAUAAAAUCACAUCAAACUCUAAGAUAUUGAUUCUACAAAAUGGAAUGGGGAUGAAACAAAAUUUAAUAAAUAGGUAUUGGAAAAAUGAAUCAUCAUUACCUAGUAUUUUCGAAGGUAUAACUACUCAUGGAGUUUUCAUUGAUGAUAAACAAAUUAUAAAUCAUGCAUCAAGAGGGAAAUUAUUGAUCAGUAAUAGCUCAAAUAUUGAAGAAGGUAAUUUACCACCAUUAAUUCAAUCAAUUAUAGAAACCUCAAAUUUAAAUACGAGUUAUUUAAAUUAUAAUCAAUUUUUAUUAUAUCAAAUUGAAAAAUUAAUUAUAAAUUGUUGUAUAAAUCCAAUAACUGCAUUAUAUAAUGUAAGAAAUGGAGAUCUUUUAUAUUCAAAUGAAAUAUUAAAUAUUUGGAAAUCAAUAAUUAAAGAAAGUAUAGAUAUAUUAAAAUUAGAAUAUUCAACACAAUUGGAAAACAUUUUCGAAUCAUCAUCAUUUUUAAAUGAAGAUCGGUUAUUGGAAGUUGUUAUAGAUUGUUGUAAAUUAACAUCACAAAAUAGUUCAUCAAUGAGACAAGAUAUUAGAAAUUUAAAAACUACUGAAAUUAAUAAUUUGAAUGGAUAUAUUACUUUUUUGGGGAGGAAAUUUAAUAGAACUACUAUUGUUAAUUCAAUGAUUGUUAAUUUAAUUAAUUUAAAAUUUGAUUUGAAUAAAAAUUUGGAUUUAGAAGCAAGUAAAAAUUUAUUGAGUACCUAUAGUUAA